GUCAGUUGAUGUUUGUACUGAAGUGAGAGAGCAUGAUAAUAUUGAGACGGAGGAGGGCCAACGAACACAAAAAAGUCGUCAGUGAGGACAUUGUUUUGUGAGUGUGUGAAUUACGGAUUCCCAUUUAUGAGUGGAUUACAAUAGUUUUGGUGAUUAGAACUUAUAUUUGUUUUUUGGGUCUACGACCCUUUCAUCAAUAAAAUUAUGUCUUCUCCUAGUGCUGGUAAAAGGCGUAUGGACACAGAUGUUAUCAAACUAAUAGAGAGCAAACAUGAAGUAACAAUUUUGGGAGGACUUAAUGAGUUCUGCGUCAAGUUCUAUGGACCCAGUGGCACACCGUAUGAAGGGGGAAUAUGGAAAGUUCGUGUACAUUUGCCCGAACACUACCCAUUCAAGUCACCUUCAAUAGGAUUCAUGAACAAAGUCUAUCACCCAAAUAUUGAUGAAGUGUCUGGCACCGUCUGUCUAGAUGUUAUUAACCAAGCAUGGACAGCUCUUUAUGAUUUAUCAAAUAUAUUUGAGUCGUUUCUCCCACAACUGCUCACAUACCCAAACCCCAUUGACCCCCUCAAUGGUGAUGCCGCAGCCAUGUACUUACACAAACCAGACGAGUACAAAAAGAAAGUACAUGAGUAUGUGCGCAAGUAUGCUACAGAAGAGGCUUUACGUGAGCAGGAGCAGCAAGGAGUGUCUUCAGACAGCGAAUCAUCCAUGUCAGACUUCAGUGAGGAUGAGACCAAAGACAUGGAGUUAUAACGCAGGACUCACACCACCACUACCACCUGUACAUAUCUUGCACCACUUCUUCUCUCGUGUUUUCAAGUUCGGUGUGGUACCUAGAGUCUUGCGACUUGUGCAGAUGUGUAAUGGACUACAAAUAAGGCCUGUACCUAGUGUUUGUUACACUCUUGUUUUCUUUACUUUUUUCUUACGUUAAGUUAUGUUUCUAGUUUGUUAUGUUACAUAUUAAGUGAUUGUGAAGGGAUGAGCUGAUAUUGUGACAGAUAUUGUUUCAUUGGCCAUUAUUACAUGUACAAGUUAAAGUAAUUCCUGUUAAUUCAUAAAAAUAGUGACCUGACAAUGUGAUUCACUCUUGAAGUUCUCAUUCAUUGAUCAGUUCUACAUUAUCACUAAUUUCAAACUUGGGGGGAAAAUAUAUAAUAUAGAAUAUCUGAGUUUACAUUAUAUCCUAUGUUGGUUGUCAAAACAGUAGUAGUUCUUUAAUUUGUUUCAUUAAUUUUUCUUAAAGCUUUCAAUAAAUGUUCCUUGAUUUCUUAUUAAUGAAUAUUAAACACAAAGGCAUAAUA